UUUUCCUCCCCUCCUAUUUUAUUCAAUUUAUCCAUUUAUUUAUUUAUUUUGGAAGUGGUGAAAUGCCUUGGCUACAGUAGGAUGCGUUCGUAAGGAGAGAGGGAGAGACAUGGAUUUACGAUUUUCAUUUGUUUCAUUACAGCAAGAGAUCCCCGCCGAUGAAACACCAUGGAGUGACUGACGCGCUGUAUUAAAAGGGGGGAGAGAGACCCUUUUUUAAAAAUCAUUAUUAUUUCUUUUGGAGCCCCUCGGCGAUCGGUCUUAUUUUCUCUCCGUCAGCGGCUGGUAGGGGAGGCGGAGAGAGAGCCGCGGUGGAGGGCGGCGUAUUAACGCUGCAGCGUGCAGAAAUAAUUCCUUUCAUUUAUUAUUUUUUUUUAUAUCUGCUUUCUCAUCACUAUAUUCUCUUUUCCCUGGAAUGAAACGGGUCUUUUGGUUUUGCGAUCAGGCUCCUCCAACUUGUGCUUCACUGCAGCAUUUUACGUCUCUUCCCUCCGAUGCAGAUGAUAGGGAGAACCAUAACAGCGGCACCUUUCCACUGCAAUUUUUGGGGGCAAAGAUAAAUUUGCGUCGUCUUAUGGCAGAAUAGAGACGAAGGGGAGGAGGUCCACGAUUCCUUCCUUUAAAAAAACAAAACAAAAAAACAUUUACAAUGCCUUAUUAUUAGCGGGAAGCAGUGACUGGAUUUAAAAGCCAGCGUCAUCCCCGUUGCAAAAGCUGCUGUUUACCCGCUGAAAAGCAUUUGGGGGAAAAAGCAGCGGAUCCCGAUGGCAUGGACACUUAUGCAAGGUCCGCCGCGCUGCCGUGCUACUGCUGGAGCCUACUCGCUUUCUCUUCCUUCAACCCAGGUCCACCGCCAUCGCCCUGCAGCCCAGAGUGCCCUGCCGCAACGCGACCAGCCCCCACCGAGCCAAAGCAGGCGGCAUGAGGCUUGAUCCGGUGCAUCUAUCCAUGCUGCUCAUCGGGGUCUCAUUCGCCUGCUACUCCCCGAGUCUGAAUUCCCUACAGGACCAGGCUUACAGGUCCGCUGUGGUGAUCGAGGGUAAGGUGCAGUCCACGCCUGCGGGGAACACGUCCGCGGAUCCGUACCGUGUGAGUGUCAAAGUGCUGGAGGUCUGGCCCCUGAACAGCGGCGGUCUGGUGCGAGAGCAGCUAGUCACUGUGGGGGAGUUCGGAUCUGAGGCUCAGUGCGCCAAAGUAAAGAAGAACCACAAGUACAUUUUUUUCAUGGACCCCACGGACGAGCCCUUGGUUUUCAAGGCAUCGUUCGCGCCCCUUGACACGAGUGGGAAGAACCUAAAGAAGGAUGUUGGGAGGAUCUUGUGUGAGGACUGCGUAGCUGCUGCUCCAAAGUUAAAACCAAUCAAGAAUCCGAUAAUCGUGAGUGAGGGAAGCAGGCUUACGGUGAAGUGUGAGGCCACAGGCAACCCUGACCCUUCCUACAGAUGGUUCAAAGAUGGCAGCGAGCUUGAAAAAAAAAAAAUUAAAACCCCCCGCAACAAGAAAUCCUCCAAAGUCCUGAUCAAGAAAGCGAAACCGGGGGAUUCUGGGAAUUACACUUGUGUGGUGGAGAACCCUCUGGGGAAGGACAACUCCACUGGCACCGUUAACGUCCAAAGCAUAACCACAACGCUAUCUCCAGACUCAGGCCACACCAGAGGGUGCAACAAAACACAGCAGGCCUACUGUGUAAAUGGUGGCGAGUGUUUUUUCGUCGAUAAUCUAAAUGAGAUUGCCUGCAGAUGUCCGGACGGAUUCUACGGCCGUCGAUGCUCAAACACCGAGCCACAGCGGUUGUACAUGUCCGAUCCUUUAAAAAGUCAACUGCACAAUGAGCUGUGCACACCACCAUACACAUGGAAACAAAGAAAGAAGAUGCACAAUCAUAUGCGACAGAACAUGUGCCCUGAACAUCCCAACCGAAACCUUGCUAAUGGACCUAAUCACCCAGGACCCGGCCCAGAGGAAAUCCCUAUGGUAGAUUACAUAUCAAAGAAUGUCCCUGCAACUGAGCGAGUCACACGGCCAGCAACAGAGCGCUCAUUCCCAGCCAGUCAUGCCUCUUCCAGAUCUCACAACUCUUCCACGCGAGCCCACUCAUCAACUCAAAGACACGAGGAACGGACAUGGAGCCUGGAUCGGUCUGAAAGUUUCCUCUCUGACUCGCCGGGAAUGAUGUCAUCUUCUGUGGGGACCAGUAAAUGCAGCAGCCCUGCAUGCAUGGAGGCACGGGCGCGGCGAGCUGCUCACUGUGGUUACUCUGAUCCCCAUCGGCCGGGGCUGCAGUAUGGAGACUCGUUCGACUCGCUGGGAGACUCUCCGCACAGCGACAGGUACGUGUCAGCCCUGACAACACCAGCCCGCCUGUCCCCGGUGGAUUUCCAUUACUCAUUGCCCCCCCAGGUGCCUACCUUUCAGAUAACAUCUCCCAAUGCCAGCCAUGCCAUGUCCCUCCCUCCUGCUGUCCACAACCCCUAUCCUUUGGAGGAUGACCAGCCUCUGCUGCGCCGCUACCAGGUGCCCCUACAUGAUGCCCAGUGCCAGGAGCCCUACCGGCAGCAGCGCCGCACCUACCUAAAGGACAGCAGGGGCAGCCUGCCCUCCAGCCCCUACCGGCUGGCUGAGGAAGAAGACUAUGAGACCACCCAGGAGUACCUCUCCUCUCGGGAGCAACCAAAGACAAGUGGGUCCGGUGAAACUGGUAGCCGGCGCUGGAGGAGAUCCAGACUGAACGGCCACGUGGCCCCGCGUGGAUACGAGGCAUCUCGAGACUACGGCUCUCGAAGCUGCCUAACAGAAAGCGAGUCAGAGGAGGAUGGUGAGAACACUCCCUUCCUCAGUAUGCAGAACAUGAACGCCGAGCCCUCCACCAUCUACAGGCCGGUGGACAGUCGGACUUCUCACUCAUCAGGGUGGCACAGUGGGCGUGGCAACAUGCAUACAAGACUCACACAGCCACGCUCCAAACCGGACAGUACGCCCCAUUAAAGCGUGUGAUGAACCAACAAGAACCAAUAUCGUACAGACCUGCAUCUAUAAGAAAUAUUUUAUUUUAUAUAACUGACAGAUAUUCUAAACAAAUGAAUAUUUAUUUUCAUUUUAGCAAAAGUUGUCUACUAGUUAACAGCAAAGAUUUUUUAUAGGGAAAACUCUAUUUAUAUGUACAUUUUGAUUUACAGCAUAAAAAAGAUGUGCCAGUUUUUUCACAACGUAAAAAAAAAAAAAAAAAUAGAGUAAUAUUGUGGUGCCUUUUGCUGUUUGCCGAACCCAGAGGGGCCAGUGGAGGUUUUUGUAGCCUUUCUUAUAUGGACGCCUCAUUUUUUAUACACAUUUAUGUUUUUUGUUCUGUCAGAUUUUUUUUCCUCUUGUCUCACUUUCUUUCCAAAAAAAAAGGCAUUCUUUAAGAAGUCUGUCCCCACUGCAGCAUAAAUCCCUUUCCAUGUCACGCAAUAUAAACCACUUCAACAUAAAGUGUCUGUUUACAUUAAUAUAAUUCGUCCAGUAGGGGUGGUGUUUGGGAUGUAACAGAACUCCUCAUAAAUAUAACGUAGAAUAUUUCUACCCUCUGACUGAUGCGUCCUCUUGAGAGAUGAGGAAAGAAGAGAGUUGUGUUUGAGUUGAGUAUGGGUACAGAUUGUUAUGUGUGGAUGUGCGUGUGUGUGCAAAACUUCUCUGGAAACAGGGGAGCUACCCCACAGCACUCUCUCUCCUCUUGUGUAGGUGGACAGGUAAGGCUGGGUUCUGCCACGCAGGUCAUUGCCUAAUGAUGUGUUUACAACUAUGUGGCCCCAGGCUCACCCCUAUUCUGUCCUAUUAUAAUUUCCUUGUGGCUUUUUUCUUCACGUUAGCCUUGUACAAGGCUAUCAAGCACUUAGCUGUUGGGCACAGAUGGGGGAUACCUAUAUUGGAGACCAAAACAAAAGAUAUCAUCUGUUUCCACUCAAAGCCACUUCUCCUCUCACAUCUCAUUAUCAUUCUGUUUCCAUUCUGUUUUUCGUGGCUCAUGUUAAAGGUCACACAGUGUCUCAGGAUUUCCACAUAUCCCCCCUUCACCCUGCACCCACUUCCACCUCUCGUCAUCCCACUUUCUUGAAUAAGGUCUACCUUAUAGACGACGGUUCUUGGAAGGUGAGGACCUGGAGGUAACCACACAGUCUACCGGUUCCCUGAACACUCCCCCGCAAAGAAAAGGAAAGCCAGGUGGAGCUCUUUUGGAGGAGCGUAAAGACAAUGUAGAGAAAUAGCUGUGAAAACUACGGAGGAUCAUACGAUGCAAAAAUAUGCAAACUUUAUAUUUUGCUGUUUGAUUACAUCAUUUUCUAAGAGGUGACUGUAGUUUGCUGUGUGUGCAAAAAAAACUCUGUAAUGCCUGUAGUGUAGAAUGAGACAAAUGGGUACCUAUCUGAGUUUUUUCUUUUUAAAGCCAUUAUGCAGAGAUCUACCCUUUUGUGAAGUCCUUCACUUGCCCAUAGGAUGUCUGUGUGUGGGACACAGGUUUGUUUUGACCACUUCACCUUUACAAAAAUUCUUCCAAAUACCAUCUUCUACAUUAGUACUAUGUACUACUAAAUCUAUUAGACUUAUUAUCUCCCUAAUUAAGUCCGUAAGAUGACUAUUUAUUGAGCAACAUCAUCCUCAUUUAAAGUAGAGAUGCGCCAAGAAACUGAGACACUCUAACUUUGUCUGGUCGCUAGGUAGUCAGAACUUCAGUAAUCAUUUCUUUUUUCCAUCGUUCAAUGAUCCAUUCAUCAGCGAUAUCAGGCUGAUUAACAGCAACAAGUUUUGGUUUGCAUCGCUGUUCAAGAAGCAAACUGACUCAUAAAAUUAAGUAAGCAAUAACGCACAAACCUGAGCUUUAAAAGAAAUCCGACCCAUUUCUAAGAACCAAAGGAUGUCUUAGGUGGAUUAAAGUGGAGUCAAAAUAAAGCUUAAAUUUCAUGGAUUUCUUUCAUGAAAAUGGUAAUCAUGUCCAUAAUGCAUGACAUCUUUUCAGUUUUAUUUUAUUUUCAGGAUUUACCUCUGGCUAAAAUGCAGUCAUCUGUCUCAGCCCUGUUCAGGGUAACCCAGACGAUGUGUAUUUUUAUGGCAUAAUGAACAAUUGUCCAGUUACGUUGGCACACAUAGCAUUGGUAUAUCUACACAUGGCUGAUUACAACCCUCACUACCUGGUGCAUUCGCCCAGGACAAAGAUGUGAUAAAUAACUCUUAAAAUCCUAUCUUGAAAUGUUUUCUGAAAGGUGGUAGAGUUAAAAAAUGUUAAUCAUCAGUUAGAAGAUAUGAAAAGCAAGGAGCCAAUAGAUGUGAAAAUAUAAUAUUAAACAGCUCCCUACUUCCUUUUUUUUUUACAUAAAGGUGCAGCCAGCUACAGGACUUCAGUUUGCACAGGGUACUUUGAGGUAUUUUGCGUUGCCAAAAUAGGGAUUUUAUUACAUUUAGCUCACAUACACAGUCCUCUGUUAAUGAACCUAAAGAUAAAUCUUUCUGAUUUCCCAGUGUUACUUCCUAUGGAGACUCAGACAUGUAGGCUCAUAUUGAUCUUGCUCUUGUCAGAGAGCAAAACGUCAUUCAUUAGCUCACCUCUGACCCAGUGUAGGAGUAUUUGCACCCAAUUGCAU